GUUCGUGUUGCCAUGUUGUUGAUCUUUUGGUACCCUGGAUUUGUUGGUCUGGAGCUGUCUACUUUGCCUUGUCUAGUGGCGCUGUUUCUUAGCUUCGAGGUACUUUUUUUUUUACUUUUUCUCCUACCCAUUGCAGUGGGGUUUGAGGGUGGGAUGAGUGCAAAUUAUUUCUUUAGGCCUCCUUUGUAGUUCCUAGAUUGUCUUGGCUGAGUACUUGUGGUUUUUUGUUUCGCCUCCUUUUUAGUAUUUAUACCUUUUGCCUUGUCCUUGUGUCUGUCUGUGUCUGUAGAGAACUUGGUUUUAUCCACUUUGGUCGGUAUUGUUUUUAUGGCCCUGGGGCAAGGAGUAGCUGUACCCUGUCCGGUGGCGACUGAAGUGUUCGAAGCCAUCAACGCCUUAAGAGCAUCACUGUUACUCCAGCCUUCUAGCACCUCAACUUUAAUUAUUUUUGCCAAAGUGCUCAGGAGCCCUGUGCUUUCCUGUAGAUAUUUCUUGAUUGUCUGCAGGUCAUUUGAGAGAGCAGAAAGUUUUACUUCCAAAAAGGAGCAACCCUCUCCUCGCAGCUGUGAGACUAGGUGAAGCUGCUGCUGUAUUAGAUCCUCAGACGUGUAAGGAGUAAGAUAGGCCUCUUUUCAAGAAGCGCGUUGUAACUACUCCUGGGUAUGGAAUUGUGCCUUUAAUUUGUGUAUCCGCAGCUCCAAUGCUUUCUGGCUCGGCUUGUGCCUGAUCCUUGGCUAGGCUUCUCACAGUUUCGAAGCUCAUAGUAUCGCUCUCCUUCUGUAGUAGCCCACUGAUAUUAGAAGGCCAGUUCCAUAAAUCAUCUGCAGACAUAAACAUAUUGGCUUCCCUUUCCUUUGGGGCCUCCUUAGUGUCUGCUAAGGGAACAAUUUGAAACUUUUCCGUAGAGUAGAAGGGGAAAUAAUCAGUCAUUUUUGCUUGGCUGUGGCUUUUCACCAGAACAGAAGUUGAUACAAAGUUCUCUCUUUCCCCAUCUACCUUGGCCAGCUGUGGCUUCUUAGCCGCAAGUGUUUGUAUUGGGCUAUGCAAAGACACAGCCUGGCUCAAGCAAAGAUGGAGCAGAAAUGGUGGGACCUUUUCAUGGCCUUGCUGCUGCUCCUUGACGUGAAGGGGAGCCUUGUAAAGCUCCACAACGGUGGAUAUGAAGAUGUCGUGAUUGGAAUACACCCUAAAAUAGCGGAAAAUGCCAAAAUCAUUAACAGCAUAAAGGAUAUGUUGGAAGAGGCUUCGUCUUAUCUCUUCCGUGCUUCACAACGGAGGUUUUAUUUCAGGACUGUAAAAAUUGUAAUACCUCUAACAUGGGCAUCCAAACCUGAAUAUAAACGGGCAUCCAGAGAAUCUUAUGUGAAUGCUGAUAUCAUAGUGGCAGAACCUUUUGUGAAAUAUGGAGAUGGGCCUUAUACUUCGCAGUAUCAAGGGUGUGGCAAAAAGGGACGCUACAUUCAUUUCACCUCUAACUUCCUGACAAAUGACUCUUUGGUCAACAUCUAUGGGUCACGAGGCAGAAUCUUUGUUCAUGAAUGGGCUCAUCUCAGAUGGGGUGUCUUUGAAGAAUACAGUUAUGAUGCACCUUUUUAUUCUAGUGGAAUAAACAAGAUUGAAGCAACAAGAUGCUCAGCUAGUAUCACUGGCCAAUAUAGAUUCGCAACUACUGGAGGCAGAACCAGAAGAUGCAGAAUUGAACGCCACACUGAGCUUUAUGAGCCUGGAUGCCUGUUUAUUCCCUAUAAAAAGCAAACUUCACUGGCAUCGAUAAUGUUCAUGCAAAGUCUGUCCUCAGUUUCUCAGUUUUGUGACAAAAGUAAUCAUAACCUUAUGGCACCAAACAUGCAGAACAAAAUGUGCAGCUACAAAAGCACAUGGGAAGUGAUUUCAGGCUCCGCCGAUUUUGCUAGUUCACGUCCAUUAGGUGCUCCUCCUCCUGACCCCAUAAUUCAUUUGAUGAAAACGCGGGAGAGAAUUGUGUGUCUAGUACUCGAUGCUUCUGCACAGAUGGGAAAGGACAAUCGCCUUAGUCGGCUGAUUCGAGCUGCAAAACUAUUUCUUCUCCAGAUUAUUGAAGAAGGAUCCUGGGUUGGAAUUGUAACAUUCAAUAGCAAAGCAAAUAUCCAGGCUGGGUUGCAAAAGGUUUUCAGUGACAAAGAACGUGAAAGUCUUACAAGCCAUCUUCCAACCACAGCUUCUGGAGAUAGUGACAUAUGUGAAGGAGUGACUACAGCAUUUCAGGUAUUUUCGCGAAAAUUAACAAGUACAGAAGGCUGUGAAAUUGUACUUUUGACAAAUGGUGAAGGUUUGGACCUUAGCCCUUGUCUUUCUAAGAUUCAAAGCCAAGAGAUUAUCAUUCAUACCAUUGCUUUUGGGUCAAAGGCUUCAAAUGAACUAGAAAAGCUGGCAGAUAUGACAGGAGGUAAGACAUUUUAUGCCACAGAUAGUUUGGAUUCCAAUGGCCUCAUAGAUGCUUUCGGUGGGAUUUCAUCUGGAAGUGGAGAUGCCAGUCAACAAUCUAUUCAGCUUGAAAGUAAGGCAGAAAAAAUUGCUUCCAUGAACUUGCUGCAAGGUGUUGUUACUAUUGAUAAAACUGUGGGAAAGGACACUUUAUUUCUGAUUGCAUGGAGUUCAAGCACAAGUACACCAGAAAUUUCCCUGAUAGACCCCAAAGGAAAAAAGUACUUAAAUAAAGACUUCCUAAUUGAAAAUUCCAACAUCCGAACAGCUAGGCUGAAGAUUUCUGGAACUGCAAAGACAGGAAACUGGCCUUAUUCAUUUAAGAAUACUGACUCAGCAGAUCAAGUCAUUUCGCUAACGGUCACCACCCGAGCAGCAUCUGCCACUGUUCCUCCAGUAACUGUGAAGACCUACAUUAGUAACAGUAACAACAGUUUUCCUAAUCCAAUGAUCAUUUAUGCAGAAGUCAGCCAAGGAUUUUUGCCAGUUAUUGGAGCCAAAGUCAUUGCCACAGUUGAAUCCACAUCUGGUAAACCUGUAGAGUUAGCACUAUAUGAUGAGGGUGCAGGUGCUGAUAUUAUAAAGCAUGACGGGAUCUAUUCAAGGUAUUUCAUAGCUUUCAGUGACAAUGGCAGAUACAGCAUCAAAGUGAGUGUUCACGGGUAUGAUAAAACUUCUAGAAGGAUCCAUAGGCAAAAUCAAGCUAUGUAUGUAUCGGGUUAUGUAGAUAGUACUGGUGGAAUAGUUCUGAACCCACCAAGACCUGUGAUUAAUGUUACGGAUACCAGUUUUGGCAUAGGAAAUUUUGACAGAAUAUCAUCAGCAGCUGACAGAUAUGAAAUAAAAAUGAGCAGAAACCCAUUGGACUUAACAGAGGCUAACUUUGCUAAUGCCACCUCUUUGGACACUUCGGCUUUGAUACCUGAAUUUUCUGGAGUCAAACAAACCUUUCAGUAUAAGCCAGAUGAACUCGCAAAAGAAAAUGGCACCCUAAUCUACUUUGCCAUUCGUGCCAUCGAUGCAAGCGACAAUGUUGGAGAAGUAUCCAAUAUUGCAAGGGCCACUCUGCUCCUUCGUGCUGAGCCUCCUAGUUCUACCCCACCUUUCAUUGUGAUUAUUGUAUGCAUUGCUGUUAUGUGUGCUGUUUUAGGCAUAGCAUUAUGUGCUUUACAUAAGUGGAAACAAAGUCGUCGUGAGAGCAUGGUUAGCAUGGAUUAAACUGCGAUCAGUAGAAAUGUUAAUUGAAUACUACAUACUUACCUUCCAUUGGUGGUUCUACAUACAUUGUGUAAAAAACAACACAUCAGCAGCAUGAAGCUCAUCUGUAUUUUUAUGUAUAAUCUCAUGAAUGACUGCAUGUAUGACUAAAUUGACACUAUGAAGGCACCGCCUAGACAUAAAAUCUUUCUUCUUUUUAGUCUAAAAACUUUAAAAAAAUUAAAUGGAAAAUUUCAUUAAAGGAAAAAAAAACCGAGUUUGUUUUAAGAAUUGUUGUAGGAACAAAAUUUCUUCAAAGUUACAAGAAUAAACUGCUAAUUAAUUUUGUGAA